CCGUGGGCGAAAAGAAACUGCGAGUGUUUUCUCGACAAUUCUAGACUUUUCCGCCGUGUACUAUAAAUCACCCCGGGCAAUUCACACUUCAGCAUACACAGAAGGCGAUUUCGAAAGUUUGUGAAAACAACUGAUUUACAUUUUCUAGCUUUUCCAGAAAAGAGUGAGAAUGUCUCUGAUUCCCAGCUUCUUCGGCAGGAGAUCGAAUGUGUUUGAUCCAUUUUCUCUUGAUGUGUGGGAUCCUCUCGGAGCUUUUAACUCCUCCUUUACCAGGGAUAUGGUUCCUUCCUCAGAAUUUGCGAGGGAUGCAGCUGCUGUUGCCAAUACACAAAUCGAUUGGAAAGAGACUGCGGAUGCUCAUAUUUUCAAGGCUGAUCUGCCAGGUUUGAAGAAAGAGGAGGUGAAAAUCGAAGUGGAAGACGGAAGAAUUUUGCAGAUAAGCGGAGAACGCAGUAAAGAAGAGGAGCAAAACAACGAGAAAUAUCACCGAGUAGAACGCUCGCGGGGCAAAUUCCUGCGGCGAUUCCAGCUGCCGGAAAAUGCAAAAGUGGAAGAAGUUAAAGCUGCCAUGGAAAAUGGAGUGCUGACAGUGACUGCCUAAGCAACAGGAGCCGAAGCCAUACGUCAAAUCGAUUGAAAUAUCUGGUUAAGAGAGGAGAAUACUUUCAUGUUUGGAGGGGAUUGUAAAUGGCGCUAUCGCAGUAAUAACUAUUAUAUAAAUAAAUAUAGCAGCCUAUUGGCUGCCCUACUGUAUUGAAUAUCUGUUUUUUUUGGUACAUUCAGGUUUUUUCUAUAAAUAUGAAACAAACAUUACUAGUGGUGA